AUGUCCGACUUCCAAGACACUUCCCGUGGAUUCCUCGGCACGCUUGAACCAGGCAUCAUCAAAACACUGUCCGGCGAGACAGCAUGGGACAACGACGCAUAUGACUUCCUGGCAAACAACCAAGAAUGCCCACCAACAGUGCACCCAAAAUUAUGGCGACAGGGCCAGCUUACCGUCAAACACGGCCUCUUCCAAGUCACAGAGGGGGUCUACCAAGUUCGUGGCUUUGACCUGUCCAACAUGACCCUGGUGGAAGGAAAGAAAGGCGUGAUAAUCAUCGAUCCACUUGUGUCGAAUGAGUGUGCUGCCGCCGCAUUCUCGCUGUAUAAGAAGCAUCGUGGAGAUCGGCCUCUGACCGGCUUGAUCUACUCGCACUCGCACGUCGAUCAUUUCGGUGGUGCACGGGGAGUUCUCUCGCAAGGAAUGGAAGAUGCAAUCCCCAUAAUCGCUCCAGAGGGAUUUAUGGAAGAAGCGACCAGCGAAAAUAUCUACGCAGGACCCGCAAUGAGGCGAAGAGCAAGAUAUAUGUACGGAUCAACACUGCCUCGAGGCGUGGAAGGCCAGGUUGGAUGCGGUUUAGGCAUGGCUACAUCGAGAGGAACCACAUCCCUGAUCCCACCCAACAUGCUCAUAUCUGAGACGAACGAUGAAAGGGUAGUGGACGGAGUUCGAAUCGUAUUCCAGAUGGUAUCAGGCACCGAGGCACCGUCUGAAUUCAACUUCUACUUCCCAGACAGCAAAGCGCUCUACAUCGCCGAAUGUGCAACGCACUGUAUGCAUAACAUCUCUACCCUUCGGGGUGCACUUGUUCGCGAUGCGAAAGCCUGGUCACGCUAUCUCGACGAAAGUCUGGUGUUAUUCGGCGAUCAGGCCACUGUCUUGUUAGCCGGACACCACUGGCCGACCUGGGGACAAACGGAGAUCACCCGCAUCCUAGUUGAGCAACGUGACAUGUACGCAUUCAUGCAUGAUCAGACUGUUCGCUUGAUGAAUCAGGGCAUGACCGGAGUGGAGAUCGCCGAAACGCUCAAUCUGCCGCCGACACUUGACAGCGCGUGGCAUCUCCAAGGUUAUUACGGAUCGCUAAGUCACAACAUCAAAGCUAUCUAUUCACGUUAUAUGACAUGGUUCGAUGGGAAUCCCGUCAAUCUGUGGAAUCAUCCCCCUGUCGAGGAAGGUAAGCGAUACAUCGAGUGCAUGGGCGGUAUCAACAAAACCAUCAUCCUAGCUGAGGAAUUCGCCGCCAAGGAUGAUCUACGCUUCGCAGCCACCCUUUUGGGUCACGUUGUUGCCGCGGAGCCCCGAAAUGCCCGGGCACGUAGUGUACUCACCUCAGUCUUCAAGAAGCUUGGAUUCGGGGCAGUGAAUGCAACAUGGCGAAACUUUUAUUUGACCGCUGCAGAGGAUUUGGCAUCUAAAGAAACAGCGAAAACGCCACAAACCGGCAAGAUUGAAGAUCUAAAUCCCUUGCUAAGCGUGGAGCAGUGGUUGUGUGCCAUUUCCGUCCAAAUUGAUGGAAUGCGUGCAGCUAGCAAAUCCAUCGUUAUUGAUAUCACGCUGUCGGACCAAGGUCAGACCUGGCGACUUAUUCUGAGCAAUGGCGCCUUAAGUUACCGCGAGGUAUCGGCAAGUACAUAUCUCUCGGAGAAAUCCGGACUACAGAUGACAGUGACCAAGGAGGAGUUGAGGAGCCUUCUCAUGUGUCAGGUUGCACCGGAGACUAAGAUGCACAAGGGAAAUCCGAAGCUGCUCCGAGAUCUUCUACAAUUCUUCCCGUGGGGAAGCAAGUCUCCUUCGCAGAGUCAUCUCUAA